AUGAUUGAGAAGCAUUUGACUGCUAGAAAGAAUCUUGUUGAAAACUCCACAAAUCCUCUGGGUAUUACGCCUGCUCAUAUUCCUGAGCACACCUCUGUACGUCAGGAAAUCCAAUCACCAGUUCACUUCACUGUUAAGAAACAACGAUAUCAGGCUGGAGUUUCAUUCCCUACUGACUGUCUUACUGCUUCUGGGUUAAAGCCAAAUGAAUUCUCAACUCCACGUUGCAGCUACAAACAGCCUCCAGCAAGCCGGGACAGCAGCCCAUCCACGCAGCAAUUUCCAGCAGCCGCAGCAGCCCUCCACGCAGCAUUUCCAGUAGCUUCCAGUUGGUGUGAUUUGCGGAAGCUUAAGGCACUGGUUCUUAGUCAAAAUGUACUUGAAGGAGCACUACCUUCAUGUAUGGCCAACUUAUCAUCUCUUCGGAUUUUGGAUCUUUCCGAUAAUCGGUUCACCGGUGAUGGAGCCUCCUCCACUCCCCUAGGCAAUCUCACAUUGCUUAGGAUUAGAGUUAUUUGUGAUACAGGGCAAUUCCUUUACGGGCCCUCUGGAGCUGCCGAUAAGACAUUGAACUUGUCUGGCAAUAUCCUUGAAAGUAAUAUUCCUCCUUGCUUGGGUAAUCUCAACACUGACGCUUUUUAUUUAGAUUUGUCAUUUAAUCAGUUGUCUGGAGGAAUACCAGAAGAGAUAGCCAAAUUUGGCUCGUUACAAUUUCUUAGACUAUCGAAUAAUCGUCUGACCGGAAAAAUACCCCCUAUCAUCUUCAGCUUCAAAUCAUUGAACAUGUUGUAUUUAGAUGGGAAUAACUUUGAUGGAGGAAUACCUACUAUUGAUAGUUCAACUGUCCUUUUAUCUCCUCUUUGGGCUUUGGAUUUAAGUAAUAACAGUUUGUCUGUUUUCUGGCUCAAUACCUUUUGCUUCAAUUCACAACCCAUCAGACGUCUCCAUUUGAGCAACAAUAGAUUAAGUGGCACCUUGACAAGGGCAUUUGUUAUUAGCACGUCAUUGGUGACUUUAGACCUAAGUGAAAACCACUUAACAGGUGAAAUUCCUUAUUGGAUUGGUAACUUUUCUGCUUUGAGCAUCCUCCUUCUGAAAGGCAAUUAUUUUACUGGAGAAAUUCCCAUUGAGCUAUGCAAAGUGUACUCAUUAAGUAUCAUAGAUCUUUCUCACAAUGAGCUUUACGGUCCAAUACCUUCUUGUUUGAGUUAUUUAACUCUUGAGCCAAAUGAAAAUAAAUCUUCAGCAUCAACAAAUGAUAUCAGCGGUUUUUCUGUAGUACUUGAGGGAGCUGAUUACUUUGGACUGACGGAAUUUGAAAUGGUCGAUCUAGAAGGUUACAGGCCAGCCAUUGACUUUCCGGAAACAAAGGAUCUAAGGGUAGAAAGGGUGGUUUAUUCAACAAAGAGAGGAUCUUAUACAUACAAAGGAAACAUUCUUGAGUAUAUGUCUGGGAUUGAUUUAUCAUGCAACAGAUUAACUAGUGAAAUCCCUCUUCAGUUCGGAAACUUGAGUGAAAUCCGUUCCUUGAACUUGUCACACAACAACUUGACUGGAUACAUACCAUCAACAUUCUCAAAGCUCAAGCAAAUUGAGAGUCUGGAUAUUUCCCACAACAACCUAAUUGGAGAAUCCCUAUUCAAUUGACAGAGUUGUACACCUUAGAAGUCUUCAAUGUGUCAUACAACAACUUGUCAGGAGUAUUCCAUCUCAGACAGCUCAAUUUGGGACCUUCGAUGAAAGCAGUUACGAGGCGAAUCCUUUUCUCUGCGGACCUCCCCUGCACAAAAGUUGUGACAGGCCUGAUUCACGCCCAACAACACCAAAUCCCUCGGACGACGAAGAAGAAAGCGGUUUGAUGGACAUGUACGUUUUCUGGGUGACCUUUUCUGUUUCUUAUGCUGUUGUGUUACUGGUUAUUGCAGCCAUCCUGUACAUUAAUCCAUAUUGGCGUCGAGCUUGGUUUUAUUUUAUUGAACGCUGCAUCGAGACUUGCCGGUAUUUAUUGAGGACAAUCUUCUGCGAUUUUCCAUCUUCAGAAAAAGCAAGUAGCAGCAUUGUGCUUUGAUGGUUUACAUAGGUUUGUGUUCGUUUAUUAAGCU